AUGAUUUUUCGUAGUGUGAUCAUUCUUGGAGGUGAUCAAGGUUCAGCUUUUUCACAGUUCAAUAAAAUACAAGCUUUAAUGAUAUUUGAAGAGAUUCAAAAAAGAAAAAAGCUGAGAAGUCUCCAAAUGUUUGCCUUUAGUGCAAACGGUGGCUGGUUCAAUAGUGUGGAGACCUGCUCUAUUGUCCAUUAUGCUAAACUACCUGAGAAGACUACGAAGGGAACGUCCUCGUUUGGAAAGCGUCGGAAUAAGACGCACACGUUGUGCCGCCGCUGUGGCUCUAAGGCCUACCACCUUCAGAAGUCGACCUGUGGUAAAUGUGGCUACCCUGCCAAGCGGAAGAGGAAGUAUAACUGGAGUGCUAAAGCUAAAAGACGAAAUACCACCGGGACUGGUCGAAUGAGGCACCUAAAAAUUGUAUACCGCAGAUUCAGGUACAGUUUUUAUGUUUCAGUUGUAGUGGGUUCUGUGAACUUGCAUAAUUAUCCUCUCAACUGCCCUGGUUGGUGGGAUGAGGUGUUAGCAAGGAACUUUUUUCUUCUGCCACCAUAACCUUCAGAUCAGUUA